GAUUAAGAAAUCGCAUGAUUCUGAUUAUAAACUUUAUUCUAUGAAGAUACGUUAUUCGCAACAAGUCUGAAAUACCAUCCUUUCCAAUUUUUUAGAUUAAAAACCAGUGUAUGUGUUGCUUCUUUACCUAAAAAUCAUAGAAUUUCCAUGUAAUUGCCUGUCAUAGUUAUACACAUUUAUAGGAAGCAAGCAAUCUGAUCCACUAAACUCUUUAUGUACAUGUGUUAUAUAUUCUUUUGUAUGUAUAUCUUCCCCAAAGGAAUGUGCCAAUUAGCUCAAAAUUAAUUACAUUUACACGAAACUUCUUCAAACUUAUUAUCCGUAAGUUUCUUUUGCUCUUCUUCUCCUCCUCUUUUUCUUCCUCAAAAUCUAUGGGUGCAGGUAGUGACGAACAAAUGCUUCAGGGUGGAAGCUCGAUCACAAAUUAUGACAACUACACAAAAAGGGAAGAUAGCUGGGUGAUGGAAGGAGAUCAUGAUGAUCAUGAUGAUAUGUACGACACAACAUCCUUGACGUCGAUUUCGAAUAGAUCAUCGACAUCUUCAUCGGACUUAGUAGAUGAUGCAUCUUCACCAUCAACAUCAUCAUCAUGUUCUUCUUCCUUUCAUUCUCAUGGAUCGUUGCUCGACUUGACAGAUCUCAUGACUCAGCUACCCAUCAAAGGACUUUCAAAGUAUUUUGAAGGCAAGUGCCAAUCCUUUACAUGUUUAUCAAAGGUAAAGAGCAUUCAAGAUCUUGCAAAGAAAGAGUCUCCAUAUAAUCAAAGAAAGGCACUAAAAGGAAGCGAGAGCUAUGGCGGUGGCUUGGGUUCUUACAGAUCGUACACACAUCCGAAGGCCGCGAUUUCUAAGAGUAAGAAGGCAUCAACUACUUCAUCUUUUUCGAGCAGAUCAAGAGGCAGCUCUUUUCUCAUAAAUAACAACACGCUCCCUCCAACUCCAGUAAGAAAGUAGUUUUAACGUACGUACGUACGUGUGCCGGUGUGCAUGUAAACUACACAAUGUAUAUACUUGUUAAUAUUUUUUUUUUUAAUUUUUUUUAUUUUAUGGAAGUAGACUUUGUUAGUAUUUUGAGCCUCUCCUGUUUGUUGGUCUUGCAACUAUCUUUUACACUGAGGAAUCAGAUAUUAUAUUUGUUCUUCA